AUGGGAUUCUUGUAUAGCCAGCUUUUCAAGUCACUGCCCUAUCCGACUGGUGAUUACUCCAGGAAAACCAUCGUAAUUAGUGGUAGCAAUGUUGGUCUGGGAAAAGAAGCAGCACGCCAUUACGUUCGACUGGGCGCCAGCAAACUGAUCCUUGCUGUACGUAACUUGGACAAAGGUCAUGAGGCCAAGCACGAUAUUGAGCGCACUACAAAAUGCGCGCCGAAUACCAUUGAGGUGUGGAAACUCGACAUGGCUAGCUAUGAGAGUGUCCAGAAAUUUGCCGCUCGAGUUGACGCUGAUUUACGCCGCGUCGACAUAUUCAUCGCCAACGCCGGCAUAGCACCAGCAAAUUACUCAGUGCUGGAGGAUAACGAGUCAAGCAUCACGGUCAAUGUGGUUUCUACAUUUUUGUUGGCCGCACUGGUUAUGCCGAAGAUGAAAAGCACCGCUGUGACAUUCAACACAAGGCCGACAUUGAGCAUUACUACUUCUGAUGUCCACGGUCAUACGAAGUUCUCGCAGCAGUCAGCGCCAGAUGGCGAGAUCUUUGCCACGGUGAACGAUAAGGCGACCGCGGAGAAGAGUUGGGACGACAUGUAUCCCAUCUCCAAGCUGCUCGAAGUUUUUGCCGUCCGCGCUAUUGCAGAGCAAAGUCCAGCAUCGAAAUUUCCCGUCACGAUCAAUCUCGUCAAUCCCGGGCUUUGUCACUCGGAGCUCGGACGUGACUUUCCCUCUUGGGGGUUCUGGCUUCUCAAGUUGAUAUUGGCCCGGUCGACAGAGCUUGGCAGCAGAACAUUGGUUCAUGCUGGAUCUCAAGGCGCAGAUUCUCACGGGCAGUAUAUGUCUGACUGUGAAAUAGACGUUCCAGCACCACUUGUCACGAGCGCGGAGGGAAAAGAGACGCAAGGUCGUGUUUGGCUCGAGUUAGCGAAGAAGCUGGAAGCAAUCAGAGCUGGUGUGUCUGCCAACUUUCGAAUGAUUUAG